AUGGAUGAUGACGUUCGAUACAUUUCCACCACCACAAUCCUACCGGUAACUAACAAUCAUAAAAAUGAUGAUCUGAAAAUCCAUAUAGGUCCCUGGGAUCUAAAAUCCCUACUACUCCCAUAUAUGCAAAGAGGUCUGCUUUUUGCUCAUCCAACGGAAAACAAACAAGAAGAAAUCAUCACUCAGCUUAAAAGGUCUUUAGCCUCUACACUCGACCACUUUUACCCUCUUGCAGGUCGACUUGCCGUCAAAGUACAUGAUGAUGAUAACACCGUCUCUUUCUAUAUAGACUGCAAUUCAGCUGGUGCAGAAUUCAUCCAUGCCUCAGCAAAUAUAACAGUAGCUGAUAUUAUGGAUUCGAUCCACGUACCCGCCAUAUUGAAAAACUCAUUCUUCACCCUCAAUGAUGCUGUGAACUACGAUGGUCGAUCCAAACCGUUGCUUUCAGUACAGGUAACCGAACUUCUCGAUGGUUUGUUUAUCGGAUGCAGUAUAAAUCAUACUGUUUGUGAUGGAAAAUCAUUUUGGCAUUUCUUUAACUCGUGGUGUGAGAUCUCCAGACAAGGCUCAUCACCGGAAGAUCAUCACAUCUCACGUCCCCCUAUUUUUGAUCGUUUGUGUCUUAUGAAUGAUAUAGAAAAGGAUCUACCCAUUCGAUUCCCUUUAUCUACAGUUGAGUCUUGGGAAGGAUACAAGUAUGAUCCACCUCCCCUUUUUGAAAGAGUCUUUAUCUUCACUAGAGAAAACAUCGCAAUACUAAAAGAAAAGGCCAACUCAAAGACGGCAAAAGAUGAUGGUAAUGCAAAUGUUACAAUCUCCUCAUUACAAGCGGUUUUGGCUCACGUUUGGGUUGCGGUAAUACGAGCAAGGUGUUUAGAUCCAAAUGAAGAGACUAGGUAUCGCUUAGCGAUAGGAACUACAGGCAGAUUAGAUCCACCUCCACCUGAAUCCUUCUUUGGAAACUCGGCUGUGUCUGGCGAUGCAACUGUUAAGGUGCAUGAACUACUAGAAGUUGGUGGGUUUGAGUUGGGAGCUUUACUAUUGAACAAGUUGGUCACAUCGUUUGACGGUGCAGCAAUUCGAAGUCAUUGGAAGGGAUGGGUUGAGAAACCUACAGUGAAAAAGAUGUCAAACUUAUCGGCAUCGCAGUAUACAUUGGUAACUGGGGGUUCUCCAAGAUUUGAUAUGUACGGGAACAAUUUCGGUUGGGGUACACCCAUUGCGGUGAGAAGUGGUAUUGUUAACAAACGUGAUGGGAAGAUUACAUCAACUCCUGGACCUAUUCCUGAUAGUAUUGGAAUUGAAGCUUGUCUUUCUGCUAAGACAUUGAAGGCUCUAGAGAAUGAUGCCGAGUUCAUGGCAGCUGUUGCAACUUUGUGA